UAGGACGUUAACGGCGCUCGGGAGGGCUGGGUGGCUCUGCAGCCGCCGGUCCCUUCUCUCAGGGGAACGGGCGGGUGGGAGUGCGGCUUCUCCGGGGACCCAGCCCUGCCAUUUCCACCCCGAACGCCAACUCCGCGCCGCCGGCUCCCACGCGGGCAACAGGAUGCCCGCGAGGCGCUUUGGGCCACCGGCCCGGCCGGUUCCGGCACCCUCCGCGCCUCGGUGCCCUCCCCCGGUGCGCGGCGAGAGGCGGAGCCGGCGCGACCGCCGCCUUUAUCUGGCGUGCCGGCGCGGGGGGUGGCACUGGGAAACACCUUGCUUUAAGAUACGCGCUAUAAAUACGGCGCCGGGGAUGGGAGCGCAGCCACGGGCGGCGGCAGGCUGAGGGCGCGGCGCUGAGCGGCUCUAGACCACGGACUCUCUGGCGAGCAGCCGCUGAGCCCAGCCCGGGGUGGAGGGCGCCCGGUGCCGCUAGCCAGGAGGAGGUCGCCGCCGGAGGAGCCCCGCAUUCCGAGCCGCCUCGCUGAACCCGCCUUCCCGGCCGCCGGCAUGAUGCAGAUCUGCGACUCGUACAGCCAGAAGUACUCCCUCUUCAACGCCAUGAACCGCUUCAUCGGCGCCGUCAACAACAUGGACCAGACGGUGAUGGUGCCCAGCCUGCUGCGCGACGUGCCGCUGCUGCUGGAGGAGCUGGACGCGGCGGGCACCGUCUGCUCGCAGCCGGACGCCGCCCUGCCGCCCGGCGACCCCGGCGCCUUCUUCUCCCGCAGGGACAUGUACAGCCAUUACAUGCUGCUCAAAUCCAUCCGCAACGACAUCGAGUGGGGCGUGGUGCAGCCGCCGGCGGGCGAGGAGGCGGCCCGCAAAAAGGACAAGCUGGGCGGCGGUGCCGCCGAGGAGGUCGAGGGAGAGGAGGACCUGGAGAAGCAGUUCCAUUACCACCUCAGCGGACUCCACUCGGUCCUCUCCAAGCUCACCCGCAAGGCCAACGUCCUGACCAACAGAUACAAGCAGGAGAUCGGCUUCAGCAGCUGGGGGCAGUGAGCGCCGAGGGGAGAGCGGGGGAAGGGGGAGCCCGGCCCGGCGGGAGCGGCGCGUCCCCGCCCGGCGCUGCUGCCGCGGCGGCGCUGGAGGGCAGCGCCCCGGGACUGGGGCUCCCCUGCGUGCUCCCAGGACUGCAGCCGCUUUUCUACCAACGCGCAAGCCAGAGAGAGAUGUAAAUUAAUCAAUACUAGUUUAUUAAUUAUUUUUUCCCACCUUUUUUUUUUUUUUUUUUUUUUUAAACUACAGUCUGGGGCGAGCGGUUGCUGUGCCUCCCCGGGUGGGGAGACAGGACGUGUACAUGUACGAGGUGAUGGCGUAGGUGGCAGAUAGGAGGCUCAACACAAGCCGGUGAACGUAACAAAACUGGUAUAAAAUUGCUUCUGUUACCCGGGAGGGAACUCAGUGGGCUAAGGAGCAUCCCUCUGUUAUGGGAUAGAUGGCAAGUCCCACGGUUGUACAUGUGCUGGAGUCUAUUUAAAACUUUUUUUACUCAGAUGUAGAGUAUAUUCUAAAAUAAAUGCAAAUGUAUUAACUAAAAGUGACUUAAACGUUUUGGUAUGAUUCAUGUUUCUUAAAUGAUAUUUUUAACAUCUGGAAUUCUUCUACUAAGUUAUUUCCAGAGCUGCCUUACUAGACACACAAAUCUCUGCAUAUGCAAGAGAUUUUUUUUUUUUUCCAAAGGGAGCAAUUAGGUGGUGAUGAUAACUUGGCAUAUCUAAAAUGAAUAAGUGACCCUAUUAGCUGCACCGUACAUGGCCUCAGUUUUGGUAAACUGUUCCCAGCUGGUCAGUCCAGUUGCCCUGUUUGAAUGCUGCCAUGAAGGUCAGUGCCUCUUUCAACAAAAUCAGAGAAGAUCGAGUCAUCGUUACUUUGUAGGCAGCGAUUCAUGGAUGUUGGAGCAAAGCCUAGGAAUGACUCUUGCUUUUUUUGGGAAGUAUCUUAAUGUGCUGUGGGGAGCUCUUUUCUCUCCUUCUGAAUAGGUCUGGGAUACUUGCCUCCUGUAUCUCCUACAUUAGCUUCUUUCCUCUGUAACCCUUCUUGAACACCAGGAAUUAAUUGGUUUUCUGUUAUCCAAAUUGUAUUGAUUUCUUUCUCUUUGCAAUUUUUUUCAUUUGCUGAAGUAAUGUGCCUCGGAAUUGAGUGUCUAUAUUGUGUUCUAAUAUUAAAAGUGUACUUAUUGAUUACAAUACAUGUGCAUAUCACAGAGGAUAACCAUUUAAUAAAUAUGUACAUCCUUCCAUAA